AUGGGUAGACCAAGAGCGUCUGAGGCCGAUCCGCUUCGUAAAUCUAAACGUGGACGACCAAGUAAGCAUAGACGGGAUGAACAUGUCGUUACGCAUACUGGCUUCGAUGGGCAUGCUAAUGCUCCAUGGCGCAAGACAGUGUCCAUCUUCAAGCAGCCGGUGACUCUUGUGCACACAUCUGGACGUGACACAAAGAAAGGAACUGAACAACAAUUGAAACGAGGGCUUAGUGGUAAUCGAUCUCAAGAGAAACCUGCGCCGGUGAUGUGGGCGAAAGCGCUUGAGAAUGUGCAAGCUUUAAUACCUACCGCUGUUGCUGAUAAGGUGGACGUUAAGAAAACGGAAUAUCUCACCGAGAGCCUCCAUCUUGCUGGUCGUCUCGAGAGAGCCAGCAGUAUUCUCAGCGAACAAGCAGCCGCGGCUACUCUGUUUACUAGUAUCCACAAUCCAAAUCAGUCAGGUGCUUUCGGUCAAACAGCAGACAAGGAAAAACUGGAAAGUAAUCUGAUGCUGUACGUUAAUCCGGAGCAACCCAUACUGCGACCGGUCACCGUACAACCGGAAGACAUCUCAGCUCAGGAAAGGCGUGUUCUAGAUGCUCGAAAAAGACUUCAGGAAGUGAUUAAACAUUUUGGUUGA